AUGGCCUUACAGCUACGAUAUUCUCCAAUAGGCGUUCUACUCAGGGCAAUUUCAAAUCGCCGACUCCUUCUCUAUCCCGAAGAGCAGCCCGACUUCAAGUUGCAUUUGUCCCGUUACGGGGACUUUGGCAACAGCUGUAAUACAGCGAUUUCUACGAUUAACACCGUUCAACCCCACCCAAUCGCCGAUAAGUCUCCCGGCAACCAAGAUGACCUUUCCACUGGUCAUCGCAAUACGACCGUGGGCUGGUAUGCACCUGACGACCCUGAAAACCCGAGAAACUGGACGAAUCGCAGUCGAGUCUUAAUCACUCUCAUCAUCUGCCUAUACACGUUCGCUAUAUACACAUCUUCGGCCAUCUACAUUUCAGCUAUCGAGGACGUUAUCGUUGAAUUCGACGUCACGCAUGUCGAGGCCUCGUUAGGACUAGCUCUAUUCGUCCUAGGCUAUGGCGUUGGACCUCUCCUAUUUUCCCCUCUUUCUGAAAUUCCUCGCAUCGGUCGCAGUCCCAUAUACACAUUAACGAUGGCUCUCUACGUCGUUGUGUCUGUUCCAACUGCGCUCACAAAAAGCUGGGCCGGCUUUCUAACUUGCCGGUUCUUUCAAGGCUUUUUUGGUUCUCCGUGUCUUGCCUCAGGCGCCGCAACGCUGGACGACAUCUACGGACCGAAGGGUUUACCAUUCGCUCUCACGACCUGGACUAGUGCUAGCUUUGUAGCCCCCGCGAUCGGGCCAUUGCUGUCCGGAUUUGCGGUGCCGGUGAUGGGCUGGCGCUGGUCCAUGUGGGAGAUCCUCUUGUUGUCGGGCCCAACACUACUCCCGAUGCUCUUGUUGCCAGAAACAUCCGGACCAACCAUUAUCCAUCACAGAGCACAAAGACUGCGCCGCCUGACUGGACGGAGUGACCUGCAAAGUCUUGAUGAGAUCGAGUCUCGAAAACUGACAGCAUCUCAUGUUCUCAAAGAAGCUCUUGUUAAGCCGCUUGAGAUCACCGUCAAAGACCCGGCUGUGCUUUUCGUCCAAGUUUACACAGCUAUCAAUUACGGCAUUUACUAUUCAUUCUUUGAAGUUUUCCCUAUCGUCUAUACAAACUUAUACCGCAUGACAACAGGCGAGGUCGGCAUUGUCUUUCUGUGCAUUUUGGUUGCGUGCAUUCUCGGAGCCGGAUUCUACUUCAUCUUUUUGAAAUUUUACAUGAUCCCGAGAAUGCGUUUGUCAAAGUCUGUCGUCGAACAGGAGACGCGACUACUUCCGACCCUUGCUGCGUCUUUCGGCCCGACAGUCGGCUUAUUCGUCUUUGCUUGGACCUCCUCGCCACGCAUCCAUUGGAUUGUGCCAACGAUUGGCAUCACGAUCUACAGCGGGAGCGCAUUCAUCAUUUUGCAAUGCGUAUUUGCAUAUAUUCCGCUGUCUUAUCCUCGAUUCUCUGCGAGCCUCUUCGCUGCAAAUGACUUUUUCAGGGGCACGUUUGCUUUUGCCAGUAUUCUCUACGCGAGGCCUUUGUUCGAGAACUUAGGAAUCGCUCGUGGCUGUUCCUUGUUAGGAGGUCUCAGUACCAUUGGCAUUGUUGGGAGCUGGACUUUGAACUAUUGGGGUGCUGCUCUAAGGGCUCGGAGCAAGUUCGCAGAUUCAUAA